UUGAAACCCAGAUCUUCCAUGGUCUUCAGUAGUUGGAAGUAACUGGGAGGUUGAUGAGAUUUGCCUUGGCUAUUAAGCUUCAAAUUUUUGAUGGUCUUGAUCGUUGAAUUAAUUCCCCCAUUCAAGUUGUUGUGUUUUCCUCUUAUUAUUUGAUCCUUUGGAGAGAUGUUUAAGAGUUUUCAUCAUUAUUGAGAUUUGUUCUCUUGUGAAGUAUGCUUUCUAGUUCAUCCAUCAUUCUUAAGUGAAAUUAUCUAAAGUAAAAAUGAAUCGUCAAAAUCUUUUGUCAUUCUUCUGAUCCUUCCCUGUAUCAUCAUCUACUGCAUAUUAUCAAAUCCAAGUCUUGCAUCAAUAGAACUCGUAGUUUCGGAUCAUCAAAUUGAUUAUUUUCUGAUAAUGUCUUUUCAUAACUCUUAUGUUUACUAGGAAAAUCUGUAUGAUUUACUGUUCCUUUGAGCUUAGACCGUAGGCAUCAAUGUCUAUCAUAUGUGGCAUUCCUAUUCUUGAGUGUGUAUGCUGUCUGGGAUGUGCUCGUUGGGCCUGUAAACGCUGUUUUCACUCAGCCGUUCAUGACAGUGAAACUUGGGGCUUUGCCACCGCUGAUGAGUUCGGGCCUAUUCCCCGAAUUUGUCGAUAUAUCCUAGCUGUGUAUGAAGAUGAUAUUCAACAACCCCUUUGGGAACCGGCUGGUGGUUAUGGAAUCAAUCCAGAUUGGUUGCUCAUUAAAAAAUCAUAUAAGGAUACUCGAGGACGUGCGCCUCCGUAUAUUUUAUACCUUGAUCACAAUCAUGGGGACAUUGUUCUUGCCAUCAGGGGACUUAAUAUGGCAAAGGAGAGUGAUUAUGCAGUUUUAUUGGACAACAAGCUGGGGAAGAAGAAAUUUGAUGGUGGAUAUGUUCACAAUGGGCUUCUGAAGGCAGCUGGGUGGGUUUUGGACACUGAGAACGAAAUUUUAAAGGAUUUGGUGAGCAAAUAUCCGGAUUAUACAUUGACGUUUGCAGGGCAUUCCCUUGGCUCUGGAGUAGCAGCCAUGUUAACUCUGGUAGUAGUUCAGAAUCGCGAUAAAUUGGAAAAUAUUGAUCGGAAGAGGAUAAGGUGCUAUGCGAUUGCUCCUGCCAGGUGCAUGUCCCUAAAUUUGGCUGUUAGAUAUGCAGAUGUGAUCAACUCUGUUGUUCUUCAGGAUGACUUUUUACCCAGGACAGCCACACCCUUGGAAGACAUUUUUAAAUCACUUUUCUGUUUGCCAUGCCUUCUAUGCAUGAGGUGCCUACGGGAUACAUGUGUAUCAGAGGAGAAGAUGAUUAAAGAUCCGAGGAGACUUUAUGCACCGGGACGACUUUAUCACAUCAUCGAGCGAAAGCCCUGCAGGUGCGGAAGGCUUCCGCCAGUUGUGAAGACGGCUGUUCCGGUGGAUGGGCGGUUCGAACAUAUUGUUCUUUCUUGUAAUGCAACUUCUGACCAUGCAAUCAUUUGGAUAGAGAAAGAAGCCAAAAUGGCCCUGGAAUUAAUGCAUGAGGAUGAUAAGGUCAUGGAGAUGCCACCCCAACAAAAAAUGGAGAGGCAAAACACUAUAGCCAGGGAGCACAGUGAAGAGUACAAGGCUGCAUUGCAGCGGGCUGUGACGUUAGCUGUGCCACACGCAUACGUACUUUCCCCGUACGGGACCUUCAGCCAGACAGAUGAAGGGGAAGAAGAGUCACCAGGCUCAAGUGGAAGGUUGUCUUCAGGUUCGUCGAGGAGGAAGAAAGAAACUUGGGAUGAACUGAUCGAGCGCCUCUACGACAAGGAUGAUUCGAGACACGCAGCAUUGAAGAAAUCACACAGUAGUAUUUGACAUUGCACUAGAUUCAUUCAUGUUGACAUUCAUUACUUAAUUGAGUUUGGUCGGAUGAAUCUACUGUAUGAUGUCGGAUUAUCCUUGCCCGGGUGUCGAUUUUCUUGGAUUCACCUGUUCAGAGAUGAUUGAAAAUAUGCAGUAUUCAUCCAAAUUUUUAGGAGUCUGAUCAGGAAGUGGAUAUUGGUAGUAUGGAGAGGUAGAUUUUUUUUUUUGAAUUAAUUUUUUUUAGGGAUAUCACAUUCUGUACAAUUGUUUACAAGUCGACUAUAUAUUUAUAUUAUAUGUCAAUACUUCUAUA